GCCUCCUCGACACAUCAUUUCACGCCGUCAAACCCACCCCCUCUAUCGCCUCACUUCUAACUCACUUCAGUUUCCGGUGUACUUCUGGUAUCACAAUCAUCGCUCACUAAAAUGCUCGACCUCCUAACCUGGAUGAUCGAUGUCGUGCAACUCUACUUUUCUUUACAUCUGUUUCUCUUCUCAAAACCCCAAUCGUACAUGUGUCUAAUGAAGAUCCAACUUUUGAAACCCUAUCUAGCCACUGCCUUUGCUACCCCUUCUCUUGCCCCUCUUCUACGUUCUGUUAUGACGAGAAACCCUAACAGUCUCCACAACUCUAAUCGUCACCACCAGCGAAGAGUUGUUAUUGACAUUUACCUGACCUUGAGACACAAGGUUGGUGAAGAAGAAAACUUUUUUGCCAUCACCACUACCUCUAAGCCCGAAGAAACUCGCAUCCUGGAGGAACUGAUGAUGAUUUAUCCGCCAUCCCUUCAAAAUAGAAUUCCAAGAGGUGGAUCCGUUUUACGGGCCUUUAAAGCCCAAGCUGAUGCAAUUACUUGGUUGAGACAAUGUAAUAUACAGUGGAGAAAAUGUAAUGCUUCAUUGUUACAGAAAUAGUUGCUUCCACUAUAUUACUUAGUUGAAGAAAGAUGUCCUCUAUCUUCUUUUGUGUAAGUUGGAUUAUGUCCUUGAUCAAAGCAUUUCUGUCCACCAUCACCAUCACCAUCACCAGAACCAAUACACAAGAUUCCAUAUGUUGUGCAUAUUUAGUUGAAACAAAGUAUUGAUUCAAAUGGUAACUGUCUUUGGCAUUUUUGCUUGGGAGUGUUGCUAGAUUGUGUAUUGGAAUUGGUUUUGCAUUCUCUUGGUAUAUGUAAAUUGCUAGCAGAUCAUGAGAAUAGUGGUGCUUGUGUGGAACUGUAAAAUAUUGUUAAUUGU